AUGCCUUCAAUACUCAGCACGCUUCAAUUGGCGGCUGCUUUGGCAGUCCCUGCCUUUUCACUUUCUCUACCUCCUCUAAUUCCAUCCAUCCCUGGCGUUACUGAGCCUCUGUCUUCCAACGCUCCACCACUUCCAAUUCUGCAAAUCCCCACGCCGCCGCUUGAAAGCCCGCCUUUCACCCCCAGCAACAUCAGGCCUAAGAAAAUUGGUUUCUUUUGGACCGCAUCGGGAGACAACGAGCACAAGGACUUCCUUGCCACCUACAGUCUUGAUGAUGAUACCUUUGGUACCCUCUUGUACGUCACCGACGUCCCGUCCAGCGGAAACUCGCCCCAUCACCUCGGAACUUCACUCGAUGGCAAGACCUUGGUUGGCGGAGGUCUUCUCUCGCUUUUGAAGACGCAGGACACUGCCUAUUAUUUCGACGUCGAGAACCCAUAUCGCCCCGCUUUCAAGAAGAGCAACCGCGGUAUCCUUGCAUCCAUCACCGAUGAGAUUCGCGCGAAGCCAGACGGAGGAUUCUUCAUCACCUACAUGGGAUCUGCUGUCGGAACUUCUCCAGGUCGCCUUAUCGAAACCGAUGCCGACUUCAACAUCAUUCACGAGUGGCCCGAAGAUGUCGACAGCACAUUGAACAUCCUUGGAGAGCAAUUCUCCCCUCACGGGCUUAGCAUUGACUGGAACAAGAAGAUCAUUCUUACCUCUGACUUCGUCGUCCCAGUCACCAUUCUGAAGCCAGCCUCUGCUUUAGGCAUCCAGCGCGCUGACACCUUGAGGCUGUGGGAUCUGGAUAGCAGGAAGAUCUUGAGCACAAUCACCAUCCCCAACGGCCAAGGUAUCCAGGAUAUCAAGUUCAUCCCAGGCAACCCCGAAUCUGCCGCCCUCGCCACCGCCGUCCACCUUGGCCAAGUUUGGAUUAUAUACCCCUUCCGCACCAACGCGCAAGGCAAUAAGGGUACCGCUGAGCUUCUUUAUGAUCUCGGACCCAAGGCGCGUGACACUGUCGCCAUCUACUCCGACAUCACUCAAGAUGGUAACUUCAUCUACCUCACCCUCACUACCGCCAACCACAUUGCUGCUCUCGAUAUCAGCGACCUCAACAACGUGAAGCGCCUCGACGACCCUGACGAAGACCAGCCCACCAUCGGCCCCCACUACAUCAAGGUUACGCCGGAUCAGAAGCACAUCGUCGUCACCGACUACUUCGUCCAGACCGGUGACAUCGGUGUCAUCAACACCCCGGCUGACUUCAAGGCGCUGUACAUCGAUAUCCUACCCAACGGUGCCUUGAGCUUCAACCGGACCAUUGAUUUCCAGAGGGAGUUUGCGAACAGGGGUGGUGCAAAGCCGCAUUCGUCUGUUGUGUUUGAUCUGACUGACCCGAACAAGCCUAUCUACUACUAGACGGACUCUAUUGGGUUUAUAGCACGGUAUAGAAGAGAUAAUGGGUAGAGAUGGCAGUCUGUGGGCUGGACUAGGUAAUACACGCUUGGGUGGUUUCUUAUGUUUGCUUCUGGAGCAUGGCUAGAAGAUACGGAACGAAGACGCUCGCUUGCAUGUUUCAUUACUUAAUUUUCGGCCGUAUUGUUAGAAUGGAGCUUCUUCGCGCAUAAAAAU